UUUACCUGAAAGUAUCACACAGGUGAGCUCAAGACAGCACUGUGAACUAAACACACGUCAGCACGAGCGCUCGUACCGGACCUGCGUCGGUACCCGCGAGCCGCCGCGAGCCAUGGCCGAGUCCCAGCUCGCGUUUAUGGAAGAUGGGCACGUGAACGAGAACAUCCCCGAGUCGAAGCCCGAGUUCUACUACAGCGAGGAGCACCGCGUGGCUCUGGAGAUCCUCCUGCGCGAGGGGGACGGGGCGUUCAAGACGCGCCUGGCCGAAGACAAGGCCAAAGACUUCCUGUCCGCGCGCGAGAUCAAAGUGAUCAGGAGCUCGGUGCUGCAGUACGACACGAACGAGGAGACCCAGGAGGAGGAGGAGAAGCGCGAGACCGCGCCAGAGGCAGAGCGGUCCGCGCGGGGUCGCGCCGGAGACGCGCCCUCGCUGCGCUCCACGUACUGGCCGCAGAUGUCGGACACGGAGGUCCCGGGGCUGGACCUGGGGUGGCCGCACGGGGGCUUUUUUCGGGGGGUCACGCGCGUCGCGGUCCACACCCACCCGCCCAAAGAGAACGGGCCGCACGUGAAGGAGGUCGUCCGGAGACUCAUCCAGGAGGCCAGCAAGGUUAUUGCCAUCGUAAUGGACCUCCUCACAGAUCUCCAGAUCCUGCAGGAUCUACUGGACGCUUCGUCCAAGCGCAGGGUGCCCGUCUACAUCAUACUGGACAUUCAGGGGGUUCCGCAUUUCCUUGACAUGUGCAACAGACUGCAGGUCAACUCUCAGCAGCUACAGUACAUUCGGACGCGGACGGUGAGAGGCAUAGGAAUGGGUCUGUCAUUUGGAAGGAUCCCUGGGAGCUUAUGCAGCAAAUACAUGCUUAUAGACGGAGACAAAGUCAUGUUUGGAUCGUACAGCUUUUCUUGGUCAUCGUCUCGUAUGGACCGGAACAUGAUCACCAUAAUGUCCGGCCAGAUAGUCGACUUCUAUGACAACGACUUCAGGGAGCUUUACGCGAUCUCGGAAAAGCUAGACCUCUUUAAAGAAUUCCACAUCAGUAAAACCAACACCGGGACCCUGGGCCGGGCGCCCGUACCCAAACGGCCCACUUUACCCGCCACCUCUCGCUUCCAAGUCAGCCUGGGAGACGCGGGAACCCUGAAAGUGCCAGAACACAAAUACUACAACCCAAAGUACAUGCUGGCAUUUGCUGAGAUUCCCGGACCCAGAGGCUCCCUGCCUGACCUCUCUGGUAAGAAGCAGGCAGAAGCAUCUCCUGAGGAACUUGCCUCAGAGAGGACUCCAGUACAGGGGGGCAGUGAAAAAAUGAACACCUUGGCCAGAACAGCUUCUCCAGCAGCAGAAGGGACCAUGAAAAAGUUUUCACUUUUCAACAAAAAAACACGAAACUCUCAAAAAUCCAAGAGCAAAAGCAAGGACGGUGCAGGAGCAGCGGAAGCUGGUGAGGAAGGGUCUCCCUGUGCCUCUUUUAUCAGUAACUCUGCACUAGAGGAUCGUACAAACAGCCCACAUUCAAAAGCAAAGAACAAGAAGCUCAAUAAGAAAAGCAGCUCAUCACAACAAACGGUCAACAGCCAGGCAGAACAAGGUUCGAAAGGCCGCAAACGUUCAAAGAAUAAAUGCUCUCAGUCCUGAGAAACCGGAUUUAACUCUAGCAGUACUGUGUCCACAGGACUUCUGAUCAUUAACUACACUCUCUGAUGCAAACAAAAGAUUUUCAAUGGUUUAAUGGAAAUCUUGAUUAAAGGUUUCUAGUGUA